CAAGAGUGUGGAAUCUUGAAUGAAUUGGAGUAAUGUCUUACAAGCCUCGGCAGGAAGUUUACAGCCCCUUCCCAUUCCGGAGGCUAUAUGGAGUAAUGUCUCUAUGGAUUUCAUAGAGGGGUUACCUAAGUCUCAAGGAAAGGACACCAUUUUAGUGGGGGUCGAUCGUUUGAGUAAGUAUGCUCAUUUCAUCCUAUUAACUCAUCCUUUCUCUACCAACACAGUAGCUAAAGCAUAUAUGGAUAAUGUUUUUAAGCUACAUGGUAUUCCUAAAACAAUUGUUUGUGAUAGAGACAAGAUCUUUUGCCAAGAUCUUCUGUUAUCCACUGCAUACCACCCUCAAACGGAUGGUCAAACCGAGAUUGUCAAUAAAGGAUUGGAGACCUAUUUGAGAUGCAUGACUGGAGAAAAUCCUAAAGAAUGGGCAGCUUGGAUUCCUUUAGCAGAAUGGUGGUACAACACCAAUUAUCACUCUGCCAUUGGAAAAACACCAUAUGAAGUGGUAUAUGGUCAGCCUCUUGACAUACAUUACC